CUUAUAGAUAAGGGUGGUGUAAAAUGUCAAAAAGCCCACUCAGCCAUGCUAUGACAUUGUUUACAAAACAAGAAGGGAUCAAAGUGCAUCAAGCACGCAGCGGAAUCCGAGGAAAGUCUGUUCCUUCUGGCUCAGAAGCUGAGCACACUCUAAUCAACGAUGAUCACUUGCGGGUACGGCAUCUGGACGAAGUGACCAAAGAGUUCGGCGAUAUCGGAUGCUUUGCGCUGGAGUUGUCGUCGAGGAUCUGCCAAAAGACUGAACGUGCGGCACUGGCCAACGAUGCCAGCCGGAGGGUGGUGAAGUUAAACCCAUUCAUGUGGCAAUCGUUGCCGAGCUAUGCCAGCGUGGAGCGAAACCGGAUCCGACGGAAGUGUUUCAGCUUUCGAGCACCGAUAUAUUUGUCAGCCGAUAGCCGAUAGUCAGCCAACGGCCUUAAACUCAUCGGUGGUUUGGUUCGGAAAUGGAUGUGGCGGAGGUGGGGGAGGAGGAGUAGGAGGUGGUUGCAGUUUCAUUAUUAACCCGGACGUCGAAAUUUAGCUUCAACAGCAGCAGCAUCAACAGUUAUUCAGCAGUAGUCAUUUAUCUACUCCACUAGAUAAGAUUUCUCAAUGUCUCAUACAGAAUAUAAUCAAUACACCGAAUGCUCCAUAACAGCAACCUCAGCUCCAACAGAGUCAGAAUAUAUCUAGUAUAACAAAUGUAGAACAAACUCCAGGCAGUGGUGCAGGGGCGGAAUUGGGGACCCCUUUCCGGAAGCAACAGUUUAAGUAUCUAGCCGCCAUGAGUCCUACCACUCCUAUAUUCGAUGUUUUACCUAUAAUGCAUAGUCCAGUUUUAAGCAGUGACCAAUCGAAUUUGAUAAUGACACCUUCACCACAGCAGUUUUCGACUUUGGCCACCGGUUGUCAUCAGCCGCAACAACCUCCCGGCUCGCAAAUCCAACAACAGCUGAAUACGAUACAGCAACAGCAAAUCAUAGCCGGAAGUGAACAGCAGAAAAUGGCUCUUCUGUGCAGUAACAAAAAGAUGCGUGGCCACCACAAUUUAGGUACAAUGGGCAACAUAAUAAA